AUGGCGCCCAAGUCAAUAUUUCGUCAGCCAGGCGCAAAACAUUUCCAACUCGUGCACCGGUCUCAACGGGACCCUCUUAUCCAUGACUCAGAAGCUGCGAUUCAUGUUUUGAAGCCCGUUGUACGUGAAAACGACAAAAAGGGAAAGUCUAGAGCAGAGCUCGAGGCGCUUUUGUCUAUAGGCGACACUUUGCAUGAAUCGCAUACCACACCAGGGGACGCCGCGCUCUAUGGAAUCUACUACGAUGACGCAGAAUAUGACUACAUGCAACAUCUUCGACAAGUUGGCGUACAAGAGGACGGUGUCGACAGCAUCCUCAUUGAGGCACCCUCUUCUUCCAAGAGGUCCGGAAAAGAAAAGAAAUCUGGCAAUGGAGCUGGUCUCUCUCUUAGGGACUUACCAGAAGGCGUUUUACCAUCUACGUCCGAGCUACCUAGAAAUUUUGAAUCUCAACAAGCCAUCCCCGACAGUAUAUCUGGCUUCCAACCUGAUAUGGAUCCCCACUUACGCCAAGUCCUCGAGGCUCUGGAAGAUGACGCAUUUGUAGACGAUAACCUCGAAGAUGACUUCUUUGGAGAGCUGAUAACGGAUGGUGAACGUCCUAGUGAUGAAGAAGUGGACUAUCCCUUCUUUGAGGAUGGCGUAGUUGAAGGUUCACAGGAGCGAGAUUCUUCCAGCCUUGGAUCUGGGAACGAGGAUGAGGGUUGGGAGGCACGCUUCGAUCGAUUUAAAAAAUCACAGCAGGAUCUAUCGGCCAGUAAUAGCGAUGAUGGGGAGGAUGAAUCUGAUGGUGGAGACACCGUCGCGGGCCUUCCAACAAUAACUGUUAUCGGAGGCAAGAAGAGGUGGAGAGGCGGCAGCGAUGCUUCUGGUUACAGCAUGAGCAGCUCCAGCAUGUAUCGAAAUGAAGCGCUGCAAAUUCUUGAUGAGAGAUUUGAUCAGGUAAUGCUUAAGGAGUACAAUGAAGACGAAGACGAAGACGAUCGCGCGUCAAUGCCCGAUGAUUCCGAAUCCGACGAGGCUCCGGAGCUCAUCACGGCUCGCGAUGACUUUUCAUCCAUGAUGGACGAGUUUCUCAAUGACUACGAAAUCCUCGGCCGAAAGAUGAAGCCCAAACUUGAAGGCGAUAGUGGGGUGGAAAAGUUGGAGACUUUGCGGAGAGCUAUGGGACAAGAUCAGCGCGUCAAAGAAUCCUAUAGUGACGAUGAUGAUACCCCCGAGGAGGACCUCUUUUUAGAGCUUGAGGAGGACAAGAAAGACAGGUGGGAUUGCGAAACCAUACUCACAACUUAUACUAACCUCGAAAACCAUCCGCGUCUUAUCCGAGCCUGCGAUACCAGGCGAACUCCGAAGAUAACACUCGAUCCGAAAACCGGACUACCUUCCGUCGUCGAACCCAAGCAAGCCAAACUUCGAGCUCAACCUCCCGAGCCCGACUUGAAAAGAAUUCCUCGUCAAGCAACAGUCACACGACCGCGAAAUGAAUCGGCCGAGUCAAAAAAGGCUCGUAAGACAGCAGUGAAGGUCAACCGCGCCAUGAGGCGUGCGGAAAAGAAGGCCACCAAGAAAGAGUUUGGCAGCGAGUUCAAGGUACAGGUGGAGAGAGUAACUACCGCCGGCGAAAAAACCAUGAGGAAACUAUGA